CUCCUCCUUUGCAACAGUGAAAUCCUCUGACUGCCUUUGCUCCAGCGUGGGUGGAUCUCUGGUUCCUGGUGGUCUCUGCCGUGGUCCAGCAGCAUCACACCCCAAUGGGCUGCCCCAUCCCAGACCCUCAGCCCCUGACUGGAUCCCAGCCUCCUGCCUCCGCUUACCUUGGGCUGACCUGAGGGUACUGGGAGCGGUGGAGGUGGCACAGGAUGAGGCAACAUGACACAACAUGGCCCAGCGUGCCAGGGCAUGGCCACUGAGCUGGCAGCAAGAGGAGUGCAGGGGUGGGGACAGGGCUGUGCUUCCUCUGGGCAGAGGCAGGAGGUGGGGUUAUCCCUUUGCUGGUCCUGGGGAGCUGGUCUGACAGGAACUGGAGAGGCAGUGGGGUGCAGCAGGCGGGAGGUUCUGCUGACCUAGUCCUGGUCCUGUCCAGCCAUGUGGGAACUUGGAUGGAUCCAGCUGCUGCCCCAGGGGCUGAGGGCAGGGCGGGCACUGAGAGGCUCUGAUGGCCCCAUCCCAGCCUGGUAAAGAUGUGCCAAGAUGGCUACCGCGAUCCCAGCGGCCACCAAAGGCUUCUCAUGAAAACGGGCCUCAUCCUCCUCAUCGUCGGGCACCUCAACCUCAUCACCGGCGCCUUCGUGCACGGCACCGUGCUGCGGUUCGUGGCCGCGGGCCGGGACGCGCUGUCGCUGCACUGCACCGUCGCCAACGCCGCCUCCGGCAUCUGCGCGCUGCUGACCAUCUCCUGUGGAAUAGCCGCUCUCACGCUGUCCCGCUGCCUCGCCCCCGCCGCCCUCAAAUGGAUGCUCUUCGCCCUGAGCACCAGCAGCAGCCUGUGCUGUGUGUGCUGCCUGCUGGCUCUGGCCGUCUCCGUGGGGCUGACGCUGGGCAGCCAGGGCCGGGUGCUGCUGGCGCCCUGCGCCGACUCCCGCCAGUGCCCCUUCGAUCCCUCCCGUGUCUAUAGCUCCACGCUGUCCCUCUGGGCCAUCUCCCUCCUGCUCGACCUGGUGCAGAUUGUCUUUGGCAUCCGCUGCCUCCUGCUCACCGUCGCCCUGCUCCGCCUCGGCUGCUGCUGCCGCGGGCUGCGCCGGAGGAAGGUCUCCUUGCCAGCAGCCCCCACGGAGGCCCCCAACCCCGGGCAGUGCCUGGGCUUGCUGAGGCUGGACAGCAUGGAAACUGCCUGGCUCUGAGCAGGGCUCGAGGGAUGAUCCUGUGGAUGUGCCCUGGCCAACCCUGUCCCAUCCCAGUGCCCACAGCCCCACAACUAGACCCAUCUGCCCCCCAGCCCAGCUAUUGCAUGGACAUUUCUCCUGGAUGCCGCCAGCCAAGACCCAUGAGCCCAUCCCCAUGGCUUCUGGUCAUCUGGGGCUGCAGUGAGGGAGGGAAUUGGGCUGAAUCCAGACACCUCAGGGAGGAACUUUCCCCCGGGCACCACAGGGCACCCCUGGCCCCUUUCCCACCACUGACUGCACUG